AUGCUGCGCACGGACCAGCUGCGCACGGACCAACGCGCACAGCCUGCCCUUAUCUCCCCCUCUGCCGGCGUCCCCUCGGGACCCCUUAUAUUCACUUUCCUUUCCCACAGGUCGGGUGGUGCGCACCCCUACGGUACAUUACGAUACUACGCGCACCUCCCCGUCCUCCCCCCAUCCAACGUGGCUGCCUGCCUAGGCCAAGUUCACGCAUUCGACUCGCAGGACCUCAUCGACGUCUACAUCCCAGACGGCCCUGAGACUGUCAUCUACCGCUGUGAGCAGCAGCCGUGUCCCAACCGGACACCCCGAUCAAUCGCGGAAGAUUACCCGCGCUACAAGGCGAUCCGACGAGCGCAACAUCCGCUCGGCCCCCGAAGUACCCUCGCGUCUCGCUCCGCCUCGCGGCAUUCCCGCCCUGUCUCCCCCAGCUCCCGACUCCCUCAAACUGUCGUCGCCGGCCCAAGUGAAGUACGAGGAGAUCUCCCUCCAGACCCUGCGCCAGAGCCUGAGCCUGAGGAGGAUACGGGUGAAGAAGGAAUCUCGGAGUCCGAGUCCGAGGAUUCUGUUGGGUCCACCUCGCCGACAGCGCUCGCCCCCGCGUCAGCAGUCCCUGAC